AUGGUAUCGCUGCUUGAUUGGUUUGCUUUAGAAUUACAACAAAGCGGAGAUGCUGAAGGUUGCUCCGUCGGGCUAGAAAAUGACAACUGGCAAACUUGGAGAGUGGCACUUACAGGCCCACCGGAUAGUCCAUAUGAAGGGGGAUUAUUUUCAGCGAUUCUCACGUUUCCGGAUGACUUUCCCAACAACCCUCCCAAGAUGAAGUUUGAGACCCCGAUCUUUCACCCGAACAUCUUCCCUGACGGUUUGGUUUGCAUAUCAAUCCUGCAUGCGCCGGGCUUUGACGAAACGAACGAACAGGAACUUCCUGAAGAGCGCUGGAGACCUAUCAUUUCAGUUGAAGCCAUUUUGAUGUCCGUAAUUUCGAUGCUCGGAGAACCCAAUUUAGACAGCCCCGCUAAUGUUGACGCAGCCAAAUUGUUGCGGGAGAACCCCAGAGACUUUAAGCGGAAGGUUCGCCGCAUGGUUGAGGAAAUGUAA